AUGCCCGAUCGUUCAGAUGCACGGAUCGCGUGGAUCCAGCAGCGAUUGCUUCUCGGGCUUGGGCUGGAAGAAACAGAGGUUGACUACGUGUUCGAUGGGCCUCGGGCCAAGCCAAACACUAGUUGCAGCGACCUAACUGUGGUUCCACGUGCUGAAGACAUCCUGCGUGACUUUCUCGGAACAGCUGGGGUAGGGUCCUCGUUGUUUUUCUACGUUGAAACGGAGGACGUGGAGGAGUCUGAAGAAUACGACGAAGAAUACCAGGAAUCUGAGGCUGUUCUAGAGGGGAACCAGGCGGUCAGCGAAGCCCCGUCUUUGCCAGAAGGCGAGGGAACCGCGGUUGAACAAAGAUCAAUAUUAAGCGAUGGAAAAUCGACGGUUCCGACGGAGAGUCCGUCGGAAGACCCGGCCGUAGCAAUAGUGGAGGGCUCUGAUGCACUAGACGCGGCUUCCGCUGAGGAACCGGGAGGAGAAACCAAUAUUUCAGAUUCAGACCAAUCGGCGGUGCCUGAGGUGAGAGUGGUGACCAAAACCCGCAAGGCGUUGCGGACAGUCAUUACCAACAAGAGGCGGUGUCGUCUGAUGCAAGGAAAUCUGCCAGACAACGUGGAGAAGGUCGUGUACUUCGUAAAAAUAGUGGGCGGUGAGGUUCCCAGGCCGGCGUCAACCAGCGACCACGACAGGAUGGUAUCAGCAAUGGAGUACGGAUGUCUUGCUGGUGACUGCCUCACUAACCUGUCUGCUGCUAUCAAAGAAGUGUUUGCGCCGCUACUUGACCACCAGCUAGGCCUGAGCGUGUCGACAGCUGGGAUAAAUGGGGUAGGAGACAAGGCAUCUCCCGAUGCCAAUGCGGCAAUACCGCAGGAUGCGCCUAAGGUAGGCGACAACCUUCGGAACGAGUUCCGUGCCAAUCUUCACAAGUUCGAGUCCCAAGUGACUCAUGCUACGCAGCAGGUCAAAGGCGACGUGCAUCUGUCGGUGCCAAACAUCAACAUCGAUGACCCAGAUAUUGGAAACGAUUUCGAAGCUGUUUCAUUGCUCGAGGGCGCCACGGAGGAGUGGAGCCGACUGAUCGCCGCGGUGGUGGAGGCAGAAAACCUUAAGCGUGUCAAAGGGAAGGGUCCAAUGGCAGAGAUUGAGUUUUGGCGCCGAAGAAAUGCCUCUCUUAGUGCUCUUUACGAGCAAAUCAACAUGCCUAAGGUCCAGAGAAUGUUGAAGGUCAUGGACGAGGUAGAAGCACCCAUGCUGCCGACCUUCAACUAUCACUUCUCGGAGCUGUCAAGACUGUACAUCGAGGCAAAGGACAACGUGAAGUUUCUCACCACGCUCGAGCGCCACUUCAAGAACAUCAGCCAAGGAUCUUUUGGCGUGACUCUCGACACCCUACCUUCCAUGAUGAACGCUAUUCGCAUGGUGUGGGUCAUCAGUCGUCACUACAAUACGGACGAGCGCAUGGUGCCGCUGAUGGAGCUUAUUGCUGGAGAGAUCGCGGGGAAGGUGGAAACUCGCAUCAACAUCCGCACGAUUCUUCAAAAAUCUCCCGAGACUGCCAAGCACAUGGUUACGGAGGCUCGAAAGGUUUUGGAGUCUUGGCAUGCAACCUACAUGGAUGUUCGUCAUCGUAUCGAAGAGUCUGGAACUGAUCACCGCUGGGAGUUUGAUCGGAAAAGAUUGUUCGAGCAAACCAACUACAUGGCAAGAGUGUGUGGAGACUUACUCGAGGUCGCCACGGUAUUGGAUCAAUUGCACAAGUUCCUCGGGCCUGAGCUCAAGGCAGUGACCGGAGAAUCAGCCGGAAUCGACGAAAUAAUGGAUAGGGUAGAAGGCCUAGCGCUGCCGUUGAACAAGGUCCCUUUUGAUAUAUUUGACCGGAAGUACAAAGACAGCUGGUACACAGUCAUGCAGCGGUUUCGGCAGCAGGUCGAGGAAAUCGAGGACAUGACCAAGUCCUUCAUUGAGCAGUCUUUCCAGAAAUUGCGCUCAGCCGAGGGUGCCUUCGAGCUUGUGCAAAAUUUCCAAAAUAUCCAGAGCCGAGAGAGCAUCAACCAGUCAAUCGAUGAGAGAUACAAGGACAUACUGUCGCAAUACACGAAAGAGCUGGAUUACAUCGGGGCGAUUUUCCACGCUCACAAGGCUUCACCCCCCAUCUACAAGAACUUCCCGCCGGUAGCUGGUUCAAUUGCUUGGGCACGCGAUCUCUACAACCGGGCCAAAACACCUAUUUUGAGGUUCAAGGUUCCCGAGGCUGCGCUCAACGUGGCGCUUCAAGAAGACAAGUACCACAAGUACAUUCAAGACAUGCACCUCAUGCUGAAGAACUACGACGCCCUCGUCGGCAGCCUGACGCAAGUGGAAACACGCUUGCUAUCAAGACAGCUGCAGCACCUUCAGGCGGUGCUUGACACGGGAUUUACUCCGCUCAACUGGAACAGCCAACGGAUUCCUUCCUUCAUUGAGACAUGUAACAAGGCUCUCAACGAGUUUUCCGGAAUUGUCAGCCAGAUUCACAAGAGUUCAACGAUGAUUCGGGAGGUGGUGUCAAGCAUCGAGAAUAUGCUCCUUAUGCAAGAGAAAGACUUCGAGACGCCAGAUGGACCUCGUGCUCCUAUGGAUGUAGCUGAGUUCUACGACUCGCUGGAAACGAAGCGCAUGGCACGGCUCGAUGGUCUGGUGCAACAGUACAACAGCAUUGAGAGCUUACUCAUCAAGGUGGAAGAAGUUGUGGCUGGCACGAACACUGGCAUGUCGCUGUCACUGGCAGGGUAUUAUCACUACUGGGAAAAGUGCAUCUCCAACGCCAUUACAAAAUGCAUCAUCUCUAGCAUGGCGACAUUUUUGGCAUUGCUGCAGAGCAAGGAUCGCCCCCCGUUGUGUGAAGUCAAGGCGAACCUCAACGGCAAAGACUUGGUGGUGACACCGACGGUCAACGAUAUUUACAAGUACCUCACCAAGUCGGUCAAGCAUAUUGUGGAAUCAGCACGCAUGUUCGUGCGUUGGAUGCAUGGUACCUGCUGCCAAACAGCCCCGCAGGUUGUUCACGAGGAGGAGGAGCCGCUGGUGUUUUCAUUCUACCAAGACAUGAGCAAGAACCCCCACGUGAUCAAGCUGAUGCUCCAGCUAAAUCAAGCAAUUCACAAGGUAUUCUCGAUGAUGAACAAAUAUCUAGACGGCUGGCGGCGGUAUGACACUGUGUACAACUUGUGGAAUCCCAAGCGGAAGAAGGCUUUGGAGAAGCUGGCGGAGAAAAAACAUACCUGCGUCUACUUCGAUACUCGCAUUGCUAGUUACGAGCUGCUCGCCGAGACAGUACGAGCACAACCCAGCGAAAAGGAUGUCGAUUUCAUUCGAAUAGACUGCUAUCAAGUCGCGGUCGGAAUCGCUGCUCAAGCAGACCAAUGGAAGACAGACUACGGCGCCGUGCUGCACCAGUGCUCGUCAGCGCUUUUGGAAGACCUCUGCGGGAAAAUGUCUCAGUUGGAAGCAGACCUCAGAGCCGAUCCUCAAGACCUGGACGCUCUCAAGUUUGUCCUCAACACAAUCGCCGAUAUUUCAGGAAUGGGGAUGGACAUUGAGCUCAGCUACUUAGACACGAUGGAGCGGUAUCGUACUUUGCAACAGUAUGAUAUUCCUGUCCCACCAGACGAAAUGGCUAAGGCACAGGGCAUCGCCCUUAGAUGGCAGGCCUUGUUUACGGAGGCUAAGACAAAGAACCUUUGCCUCGUGAGAGUGAAAGAACGCUUCCGGGAGGUGACCAAGGAGCAAGCGGUCCGGUUCCACGCCGAGUUGAAAGAAAUGGAGGCGACUUUCAAGGCGACCGGGCCAGGAAAUUCCAAUACGGAACUUGAAGACGGAGUGCGCCUCCUGGCCGAGUACCAGCAACGGGUGCAGGUGUGUAUGGCCAGGAAGCUGGAGCUGGUGAACGCAGAAGGGUUGUUUGGUCUAGACACCACUGAGUAUCCCGAGCUUCAGCGGGUGGUGUCGGAGUUGAAAAAGCUUGGGCGUAUCUACGAUCUCUACCAGGAACAGCGCGACUUCGAGGACGGCAACAGCGCCACACCAUGGGGUGACCUCGAUGUCGGUUCGCUUCAGCGAGGUGUCGAAGUGUUGGAGAAGAAGGCUCGUAAAGAGAAACAGUUCAAGGAACAUCCUACAUUCCGGGCAGUGGAAGCACGCAUCUUCAACUUCAAAGACAGCAUUCCCCUGAUUGUUAACCUAAAAAAUGAGGCGAUGAAGCCAAGGCAUUGGCAGAAGCUGAUUGAGAUGACCGGAGUUAAGUUUGAUCCAAGCAACUUUAAGGCUCUCACGCUCGGUAACAUUUUCCAAAUGGAACUUCACCGUUUCACCGCGGAUAUUGAUGAUAUCGUCAACGAGUCUGUGCAAGAACUCAAAAUCGAGAAUGAAAUUCGGAAGGUCGAGGCAACAUGGAGAAAAACCGACCUCGUUCUCGCCAAAUAUCAGAAGAAUGGCGUCGACAGAAGUUACGUGCUGAAGGCUGCAGACGAGAUCAAAACCGAACUCGAGGACAAUCUGCUGAACCUGCAAACCAUGUCCUCGAGCAGAUUUGUGGGGAGUUUCGCGGAUCAGGUGCGCGGUUGGGAACGCACGUUGAAUCGAGUAAACGAGACACUCGACACGUGGUACACAGUACAACGCAAGUGGAUGUAUUUGGAGAGUAUCUUCGUGGGGGCCGAGGAUAUUCGUUUGCAGCUACCGGAGGAGGCCAAGAAGUUCGAUGCCAUCGACAAGGCAUUCAAGCAGGCAAGAACUACCUAUACUACCAUCAUCAGACAUGCCAUUGGAGGAUUGAUCGCUACUGCUGAUCUUGGGCCGUCGUUGCCAUUUGCUGCACCGCAGAUCGGCACCCAGACCUACCAGAAUCCCAAUGUUGUGGACGCCUGUACGACUGAAAAUCGUCUGGAAACUUUGGAAAACCUCAGCGAGCGACUGGACGCUACCCAGAAAUCGCUCUCCAACUACUUGGACACGAAGAGAAACGCUUUCCCCCGGUUUUUCUUCAUCUCCGAUGAUGAGCUCCUUUCUGUUCUGGGGUCUAGCGACCCGACCUCUAUUCAGGUCCACCUGCUCAAGCUUUUUGACAACGUCAAGUCUUUGUCGUUCGGAAGAGGGGGAAAGCAUGUACUGGGCAUGGGCUCCAGUGAAGGAGAAGUGUUUCAACUCCGAGAGCCGGUGGGCGUAGAAGGGGCGGUUGAGGUCUGGAUGACUGCAGUAGAGAACGAGAUGACAAGCUCUCUUCGUUCUAUUACCAAGGAAGGAGUGUUUCGGUACGCGAACGAAGCGCGCCAGGAGUGGAUAACAGCUGUUCUGGGGAUGGUUUCGCUUGUCGGCAGCCAGAUAUGGUGGACCUGGGAGGUGGAAGACGUGUUUCGGCAGGUGGCAGAUGGCAACAAGUAUGCCAUCAAGGAUCUCGAGGCAAAGCUAACUGCGCAACUCAACGCCCUCGUCGCUCUUGUUCGAGAGAAGCUCAGCAGUCACGCACGAAAGAAAGUAAAUACGCUCCUUAUCAUCGAUGUUCACGCUCGCGAUAUCGUGGAUGGAUUCGUGAGAGAAUCAAUUCUAAACGCCAAGGAAUUUGCAUGGGAAAGCCAACUACGCUUCUAUUGGGAUCGGGAUGUAGAUGACUGCAUAAUUAGGCAGUGCACGGGAAAGUUCAGCUACGGCUACGAGUACAUGGGUAUGAACGGACGAUUGGUCAUCACCCCACUCACGGACCGUUGCUAUAUGACGUUGACUCAAGCGUUGACAUUCAAACUUGGAGGUGCCCCGGCUGGCCCCGCGGGGACAGGCAAAACGGAAACAACGAAAGACCUGGCCAAGUCCUUGGCGCUCCCCUGCUUCGUGAUCAACUGCGGUGAGGGCCUUGACUACAAGGUGGGGGCAUGGGGGUGCUUUGACGAGUUUAACCGCAUCAACAUUGAGGUUUUGUCGGUGGUGUCGGCACAACUGAAAGCCAUCCAGAACUCCCUCAUCAGCGGCAAGCCCACGGUGGACAUUGGAGUUGGAGGGGAGAUCAAAAUCAAGAGAGUUGCUGGCUUCGCGACAUGCGGGGUGUUCAUCACGAUGAACCCAGGAUAUGCCGGGCGUACUGAGUUGCCAGACAAUUUAAAAGCACUCUUUCGUCCCGUGACAAUGAUUGUGCCGGAUCUGCUCCAAAUCUGCGAGAUCAUGCUCUUCUCCGAGGGGUUUGAGGCCGCCAAGGUUCUAGCCAAGAAGAUGACAGUUCUGUACAAGUUAUCCAAGGAGCAGCUCUCAAAGCAGUACCACUACGACUUCGGUCUACGUGCUCUGAAGUCUGUACUCGUCAUGGCAGGAGGCCUGAAGAGGCAAUAUUCAGAGAUGCCUGAAGACUUGGUACUCAUGCGUGCUUUGCGUGACAGCAACAUGCCCAAGUUCGUUUUCGAAGACGUACCGUUAUUCAAAGGCCUCAUCAACGACCUGUUCCCGAAUAUGGAUUGCCCGCGGGUGGGGUAUGAGAAUCUCAAAGUUGAGGUCAGGAAAGAGUUGGAGACCAAGGGAUUCCGCUGUUCGGACGACCAAGUCUUCGAUGAUCAGGUGGACAAGUGCAUCCAGAUGUACGAAACCCAGAUCGUACGGCACACAACGAUGAUAGUAGGGCCAACUGGAGGAGGCAAAACUCUCAUAUUGGAAACGCUGAAGAAUGCUCGGUUGCCAGCGGAUGGAACCGUAGUGAAAAUGUUUGUCCUCAACGCGAAAAAACAACCCUUGAACGAACUGUACGGGGUGAUGGACCCCGUCACGAGGGAUUGGACUGACGGGAUCUUAUCUAAGCUCUUCCGUGAGCUGAAUGCCCCCCUCCCACCUUGCAAGGAGAACGAGAUACGUUUGAUUGUCUUCGAUGGCGACGUUGAUGCAGUGUGGGUUGAAAACAUGAACUCCGUCAUGGACGACAACAAGCUGCUCACACUGCCCAACGGAGAACGCAUUCGACUUCAGCCCCACUGCGCGUUGGUGUGCGAAACGUUCGAUCUUCAAUAUGCAUCACCUGCCACCAUCAGUCGUUGCGGUAUGGUAUGGGUGGAUCCGAAGAACCUCGGGUAUACACCGUUCUACGAACGAUGGGUGCGCCUUCGGUGCGGCGAUGGGGUCGAGGUGGCAGAGGACCGGCAAGCGGACGCCGAUCUACUUAUGGCCCUCUACAAGAAGUACGUUAAGCGGUGCGUGGACUAUGUCCUCUCGGGACUAGUUGAAGGACAACAAGUCGAGAAGCUACGUCAGGUCAUCGCGAUUCCCAACCUGGACAUGGUGAAACAAUUGUGCUCCAGCCUGGAUGCUUUCCUCGGCGAGGGCGUGGAAGACCGGCACGACGUCGAAGGCGUCUACAUUUUUUGCUUGGUCUGGUCGAUGGGGGCAGCGCUGGUAAAGGACAGCCGUGACCGUUUCGACCAGUUCAUCAAGAAGAUUUCUGGCGAAGCUGUCCCGGCUGACAGCCUCUACAGCCACUUCUACGACGCUGAAAACCACAAGUGGGAGAAGUGGAAAACACGAGUGCCUGCGUACCAACAGCCAGACCCUUUCUGCUUCCACGAGAUCAUGGUACCCACGACGGACUCUGUCCUCUACACGCACCUUCUUGAGACGUUGGCACCGAAGAAGCCCCUCCUGAUGGUUGGUGAGUCGGGUACUGCCAAGACUUUGACGAUACAGAACUACAUGAGUAGGCUCGAUGCAGAGACCACAUCUCGUCUAGUGGUGAACUUCAGCAGCCGGACGACGGCAAGGAACGUGCAGACGAGUAUCGAAGCCAACGUCGAUAAGCGUGCUGGGACUACGUUUGCCCCACCCUCCGGCAAAACACUGGUUGUAUUUGUGGACGAUAUGAACAUGCCCAAGGUCGACACGUAUGGUACGCAGCAACCUAUCGCCCUUCUCCUGUUCCUCAUCAGCAAGGGCACUCUUUACGACAAUGGAAAGGAUCUUAGCUUGAAGUACAUCAAGAACCUCAGCUACAUUGCAGCGAUGGGACCUCCAGGUGGAGGACGAAACAACGUCGAUCCUCGCUUCGUUGCUCUCUUCAAUGUGUACAACCUAAUCGAGCCCAGCCCAGUCGUUUUGCACCAUAUCUACUCCUCAAUAAUAUCUGCACGGUUGGAGAAUUUCCCUGAGCCGGUGAAGGAAGCAAGCUCAAAAGUGACCGAUGCAACCCUGAAUUUGUACAAAAUCAUCGUGGAAAGGCUUCCUCCGACCCCGUCGAAGUUCCAUUAUAUCUUUAAUCUUAGGGAUCUUUCGCGGGUAUACGAGGGGCUUUGUCUUGCCACUGAGGAUAUGUUCAGCACCGCGGAUUCAUUUGUGCGUCUUUGGCGAAACGAGUGCGUUCGCGUCUUUGGGGAUCGCCUUUUUGUGGAAGAUAUGGGUAUGCUGAGCAAGGAGAUUGAGAGCGCCAUAAAGGUCGCUUGGCCCAACUCCACCGAAUAUGCCAUGACAAACCCCUUGCUGGUGGGAGAUUAUGCCCUAGCAACCCAACGUUUAGUAGAUGAAGGGGAGGAUCCACAGCUCUACCAGGAUCUGGGCGACUAUGACCGCACGCGCAAGGUGUUCGAGGAGGUUCUUGAAAACUACAACCUGGAUCACAAGCCGAUGAACCUCGUCCUGUUCGAAUCGGCUCUAGACCACCUUACGCGUAUAUAUCGCAUCAUCCGCAUGUCUCGUGGGAACGCAAUGCUUGUGGGCGUCGGAGGGUCGGGAAAAAAGUCUCUGACGCAACUGGCUGCAUACUGCGCGGGCUACACUGUUUUCUCUGUAUCUUUGGUGCGCAACUACGGAGAGACGGAGUUCCGAGAGGACUUGAAGCAAUUGUUCAAGCGACUAGGGGCCGGCCCGGUUGUUUUUCUCUUCACGGAUGCACACGUGGUGGAGGAGGGCUUUCUCGAGUUCAUCAACAAUAUCCUGACGACCGGCAUGGUGCCGGCCUUGUUUGAGAAGGAUGAAACAGAUCAGUGCAUCAAUUCCGUGCGGAAGGAGGUCAAGGCGACGGGCGUUCCAGAUACCCCGGACAUCUGCUGGGCUUUUUUCGUUGAAAAGUGCAGGAAUAACCUACACGUGGUGCUCGCUAUGAGCCCAUCUGGAGACAAGCUUCGCGUCAGGUGCCGAAGCUUUCCAGGUCUCGUUUCUGCAAGCGUCAUUGAUUGGUUCCAGCCAUGGCCCGCAGACGCCCUGCAGAAGGUGGCUGAAUACUUUCUACAGGACGAGCAACUUCCAGAGGAGCUCCGGGAACCGAUCGUGGAGCAUUUGGUUUUUACUCAUCAGAGCGUUGUCACCUUUUCCGAACGUUUCGCGGACGAGAUGCGUCGCUACUACUACGUGACUCCGGCCAACUACUUGGAUUUCAUAGCAAAUUAUCGCACGCAGCUCAAAGAGAAUAAUCGAACCAUCGAGAGUAGCGUCAAGCGACUGGAGGGGGGCCUUACGAAGCUGAUAGAGGCAGCCGAUGCUGUCGAUGUCAUGCAAAUUGAGCUGAGCGAAAAGAAAAUCGUCGUUGACGAAAAGACAUCCCAUGUAGAAGCGAUGAUCAGCGAAAUCCAGGCGAAGAGCGAAGUGGCCAACAAGCAACAAGCGGAUGCCAGUGUCAAGCAACAGUACGUUCAGGAGCAGAGCGAGAUCAUUUCGAAAGAGAAGGCGAUUGCGGACGAGGCGCUCAUGGAAGCACUUCCUGCCGUGGAGGCCGCUGCUGCCGCCCUCGAAAACUUAGACAAGAAAGAUCUGGAUGAGAUCAAGGCGUUCACGAAUCCUCCUCAGCUGGUGAAAGAUGUUUCCAUGCAGUGCUGCUUGCUUCGUCCUGGUGGAGAGAAGUACGAAGAGACAUGGGGGGAUGCUCGGAAAAUGUUGUCCAACUCAAAGCUGCUCGAUAACCUCAAGAACUACCCGAAGGACAGCAUCACGGAAAAAAUGAUCAAGGGGGUGAAAAAAUACUUCAAGAACCCGAAUCUGACGAUCGAAAACAUGAAGAGCGUGAGCAAAGCGGGGCUGGGGUUGCUGACAUGGGUGGCAGCCAUCACGAAGUAUCAUGAUAUUGCCUCAAACGUCGAGCCGCUGCGCUUGAAAGUCCGUGACAUGGAAAAAGCCCAGCAACAGGCAACCAAGGAUCUAUCCGAGUUAAUGGAACUCCUCGCUACGCUGAAUUCAGAGAUUUCCGAGCUGAACGCCAACUAUACGAAGGCAAACGAUGAGCUUACAGAGCUACAGCUUCAGGCGUCCCUGAUGGAGAAGAGGCUCGCCGCUGCAUCCAAGCUCAUCACGGGGCUAACGGGAGAGCGCACAAGAUGGACCGAGGACAUCGGAAAUUUACACCAGCAAGGCGCUCGUCUUGUCGGCGACUGCCUCUUGGCGUCGUCAUUUUUGUCAUACCUAGGGGCAUUUACAACCGACUAUCGCUCAGAACUCCUUUCCAGGCGCUUGUUCGACGAUUUAUGUGAGCGGAAAGUGCCCAUUAUGCAGCCUUUCCGGCUGGAGGCUCUCCUCACCACGGAUGCGACGGUGCAGGCGUGGGUGGCGAAUGGGCUACCUGCCGACGACCAUAGCGUGCAGAACGGGAUACUCACAACCAAGGCCUCAAGGUUUCCGUUAUGCAUUGAUCCUCAACAACAGGCCGUGUCGUGGAUUAAGAACACCUACGCAAGCAGCAAUCUGACGGUGAAGUCAUUGAAUGAGGCUGAUUUUAUGAAGCACUUGGAGUUGGCGAUUCAAUUUGGGAAUCCUUUCCUCUUUGAAAGCAUUGAUGAAGACUUGGACCCAAUGCUUGACCCGGUGCUGGAGAAAAAUAUCAUUCAAGAUGGGGCAUCCAAAACCAUUGUACUUGGUGACAAGGUGGUGGACUGGGAUGAUGGAUUCCGCCUAUUUUUCACCACGAAGCUUGCCAACCCACACUACAGCCCAGAAGUGAUGGGAAAGACCAUGAUUAUCAACUACGGGGUCACCAUGAAUGGGCUGGCUAAUCAACUUCUCAAUGUUGUGGUUGCUCAUGAGAGGCAAGAUCUUGAAGAGAGCUAUGCUGCACUCGUGUCGGAUAUGAGCGAGAAUGCCCAGCUCAUCGUCUCGCUGGAAGACACGCUCCUAAAAGAACUAAGCAGCAGCCAGGGAAAUAUUUUGGACAAUGAGGAGCUUAUCCACACCUUGGAAAACACCAAGAGCAAGGCUGAAGAAAUUAAACUCAAGCUGGAAAAGGCCGCAUUCACAAAGGAAGAGAUCGGUGAAGCGCGGGCUGUUUACAAGCCUGUGGCCAAGCGUGGUUCAAUUUUGUACUUUGCAGAGUCCGGCUUGUCGGCCAUUAUGAGCAUGUACGAGAUCAGCUUGGACUCCUUCCUCGGGGUUUUUAACUCGGCUCUCGACGAUGCGAAGAAAGACGUGGUGCUGGACAGCAGGAUCAAUAACAUGGUGAUUGCUGUGACCCGAAACAUUUACGACUAUACCUGCACCGGGAUUUUCGAGCGUCAUAAGCUCAUGUUUUCUUUUCAAAUGACUUGUAUGAUUCUCGACGGAGAUGGCUCUCUCAACCGCACGGAGCUCGACUUCUUCCUGAAAGGUGACGUUUCUCUCGCCUUGCCGGCAAAGACAAAGCCAGCACCAUGGCUGGGUAACCAGGGAUGGAAAGACUUACUCUUCCUUGCCGGGAUAAACGAGGUAUACUUUGUGCUAGUGGAGCACUUCGAAAAAGCAACGACCGAGUGGCGUGCAUGGCAAAACUUGGAGGCGCCAGAGGACGUCAAUUUCCCUGGAGGUUUCGCCGAGACGCUGAACCCUCUUCAAAAGCUCUGCGUUACGCGCUGCUUCCGCCCGGAUCGCGUGUACAACGCUGUAAAGAUUAUGGUGAUGGACACGAUGGGCGACAAGUAUGUUCAACCGCCUGUGCUGGACUAUGCGAGAAUCUUAGCCCAAUCAAGCCCUGUGAUGCCGAUGGUCUUUGUUUUAUCUCCGGGUGCUGACCCUCAGUCCGACAUCCAGAGCCUGGGUGAGCAGCGUGGUUUCACCGGUAACAAGUUCAAGUUCAUAUCGUUGGGCCAAGGCCAGGGCCCGCUUGCAGAGCAAAUGAUGGAACAAGGGUAUCAGAAAGGGCACUGGGUUCUUCUCCAAAAUUGUCAUUUGCUGGCAUCUUGGCUAAAGAAGCUGGAGAAGACGUUGCAGCUCAUGAAAUCUCCCCACAAAGACUUCCGGCUGUGGUUGACUACGGAGCCAACCGACAAGUUUCCCCUAGGUAUUUUGCAGCGUUCUCUAAAGGUAGUGACGGAGCCGCCCGAUGGUCUAAAGCUCAACAUGCGCUCGACCUACAGCAAGAUUGACGAGGCCACCCUUGAAGAGUGCCCGCACUGGGCGUUCCGCCCGUGCCUCUACGUUCUUGCGUUCCUUCAUGCUGUGGUGCUGGAGAGGAGAAAGUACGGCAAGAUAGGCUGGAACGUAAUGUACGACUUCAACGAAUCUGACUUGAUGAUCAGCCGGCGUCUUCUUUCGCUAUAUCUGACAAAGGCAUUCGAAAGCGGUGAUGAGCUCCUUCCAUGGGGCUCCCUCAAGUACCUCAUCGGAGAUGCCAUGUACGGAGGACGUGUAUCCGACGACAUGGAUCGGCGAGUGUUGUCGACCUACUUACAGGAGUACAUGGGGGACUUUUUGUUCGAUGAUUGCCAGAAGUUCUUCUUCUCCCGUGCGGGUUUCGACUAUGAACUUCCCGAGCUUGGCGACCUUAACAACUACGUCGACAUGAUUGAGACCUUGCCGCUGAUGAACUCUCCGGCCGUGUUUGGGCUGCACCCGAACGCAGAAAUUGGGUACUACACAAACGCCACAAAAGACAUGUGGAGAAACCUUAUUAGCUUACAGCCGCGGAAGGCUGGCGGCGAUGGUGGCAUGUCCAGGGAGGACUAUAUCACCUCCAUUGCAAAGGAUAUCGAGAGCAAAGUUCCUAUUAAGAGUAUGGACGUUGGAAGCUACGAUCUCAUGAACGUAAAGAGGGAGCUUUCGGAACGAAGCGGGGGCCAGGCUCCCACCCCAUGCCAAGUGGUGCUGUUGCAAGAGCUAGAACGCUGGAACAACCUUGUUAUGAGGAUGGCCACAUCCCUCCAGAACCUACGAAGGGCUCUGACGGGCGAGAUUGGAAUGAGUGACGAGUUGGAUGACCUGGGGGAUUCACUGUUCAACGGAUUUUUACCCAGCACUUGGCGCAAGCUCUGCCCGAACACCCAGAAGCCGUUGGGAAGCUGGAUGAUGCACUUUUCGGCAAGACAUAAACAGUACGAUAUUUGGCUGUCAGAGGGAGAACCUGCGGUUAUGUGGCUAUCCGGGCUACACAUCCCUGAGAGUUACCUGACGGCCUUGGUUCAAACGACGUGUCGCCUCAAGCAGUGGCCAUUAGACAAGUCAACGUUGUAUACUCAGGUUACGCGUUUCACAGAAAGUCGUGAAGUCGUACCUGUAGAAUCAGGAUGCUAUUUGUCUGGUCUGUAUCUCGAGGGAGCAGCAUGGGACAUGGAGGAGUCAUGCCUUGUUCGACAAGAACCGAAAGUUCUCGUAACCGAGCUCCCUAUUCUGCAAGUAAUUCCGAUAGAAGCGUCCAAAUUGAAGAUACAGAAUACGUUUAGAACCCCGGUUUAUGUUACCCAGGAGCGAAGAAAUGCUAUGGGAGUUGGUUUAGUGUUUGAAGCAGACUUGCAAAUGUUUGAGCACCCUAGUCACUGCGUGUUGCAAGGAGUUGCAUUGUGUUUGAACACAGAUACGUGA